UAGUUCCUUUGUCUUAAGAACAUCCGAACCUUCCUGUCUACCUGCUGUGAGAAGUUCGGCCUCAAGCGCAGCGAACUCUUUGAGGCCUUUGACCUCUUUGAUGUACAGGAUUUUGGAAAGGUCAUCUACACCCUGUCUGCUCUGUCAUGGACGCCCAUCGCCCAGAACAAAGGAAUCAUGCCCUUCCCAACAGACGACACCACCAUGGGCGACGAAGAUAUCUACAGUGGCCUUUCAGACCAGAUUGAUGAUACUGCGGAGGAAGAUGAGGACCUUUAUGACUGCGUGGAGAAUGAGGAGGCAGAGGGGGAUGAGAUCUAUGAGGACCUCAUGCGUUCAGAGACGGUGCCUACGCCGCCCAAGAUGACAGAGUAUGACAAGCGCUGCUGCUGCCUGCGUGAGAUCCAACAGACGGAGGAGAAGUAUACAGACACGCUGGGCUCCAUCCACCAGCACUUCAUGAAGCCCUUACAGAGAUUCCUCAAGCCUCAAGACAUGGAGACCAUCUUCGUCAACAUCGAGGAGCUGCUCUCCGUGCACACCCACUUCCUGAAGGAGCUGAAGGAUGCCCUGGCUGCCCCAGGAGCAACCAUUGCUGUACCAGGUCUUCAUCAA